AUGACGUGCUCCAAGAAGUUCAUGCGGAACUACAAGGGGUUUGACGCUGUGGAUGUCCAUCUCGCGGAUGAUGGAAUCGUCCAAGCAAUCGGCAGUGGGGACAUUGUCAUGUCGAUGAAGACACCCCAAGGGAUGAAGAAAGGUGUGCUCACAAACGUGUGGCACAUCCCAAAGUUAUCCAGAAACCUGUUCUCGGUCGGCCGCUUCACCAAGGAUGUCGGCCCAGUGACGUUCACGAAGGAUGGGUGCUAUGGAGAAGCGAAAGGGACCAAGUGGAAAAUUGGUGCCCGUGAAGGUAAAGGACUGUUCAAGCUGCAAAUGACUCCAGUGGCGCCGGAACAAGCAAAUGCAGCCAAGUCGUCGGGAUGUCAAGGGGGCACCAAGUCGUACCUCUGGCACCUUCGGCUUGGCCACAUAGGUCACGAUGGACUCAAUUGCAUCGUGACGAAGAACAUUGGAAUUGGCAUCGACAUAUCUUCGGUGAAGAAGUGGGACGUGUGUGAAGGUUGUGCUCUGGGAAAACAGACUCGAGUGCGCUUCCAAUCAAACACUACAGCUCGCACCUCCAAACUCCUCGAAGUGAUUCACAGCGACGUAUGCGGACCGAUGUCGAUGGCAACUUUCAGUGGAAAACGGUACUUCGUGACAUUCAUUGAUGACAAGUCAAGAUACUGUGUCGUCUAUCUGCUCAAGAGCAAAUCUGAAGUUGCGGCGAAGUUCAUGGAAUACGCUGCGAUGGCCGAAACGCAAACCGGAAAGCGCGUGAAGUACCUUCAAAGCGACAAUGGGGGUGAAUACAAGUCCGACAAGCUGGCACGAUUCUGCGCGGAACGGGGAAUACAACAAAGGUUCACACCCCCAUAUACUCCUCAGCUAAACGGAGUAGCUGAGAGAAUGAAUCGCACGCUGGUCGAGUGUGCGCGUUGCAUGAUGGAACACGAUGGACUGGGAAAGAGCUACUGGGGUGAAGCAGUGAUGACGGCGAUGUUUCUUCGAAACCGCUGUCCAACACGUGCCAUUCACCAAGACAAGUCUCCAUAUCAAGUGUGGACGAUGAAGAAACCGAUUCUGGCCAACCUUAAAGUGUUUGGAUGCCACGCGUAUGUUCAAGUGCCUCAAGACAAACGCGCGAAGUUCGACUCCAAGUCAUCACUAUGUCGUUUCCUGGGAUACGCCGAACACCAGAAGUCAUAUCGAUUUGAGGAAGUGUCAACAGGAGCGAUCAAGAUCAGUCGCGAUGCCACAUUCAUGGAAGACAAGUUUGAUGAAGGUCCGCGCAACUACAACGAUGAGUCAAGUGUCGUUGAGUUUGAUGAUCAUGACGAGGACGAAGAAAAAGAAGAAGGUAAAACUGACGACGACAUGGACUCGAGCGACGAUGACAACGAAGACACCAGGUCUUCGAAGAGCAACAUCAAGAGACACACGCGCACUCAAUCACUUGAGAAAGCUACCGUCAUUCCAAGUCCCAAGCGAAGAACAUACAGAGGUCCGUCGCUUGAGCAUGUUGGGGAAACGCCGACUACAUUCAAGUCGGCGAUGGAAUCAAGCGACUCCGGCAAGUGGAAAGAAGCGUGUGACUCGGAGUUCGAUUCGCUUCAGAGAAACGACACGUGGGAAAUCGUGCCUCUUCCGAAAGGUCGCAAGGCCAUCGGGUGCCGAUGGGUUUUUCGUGUAAAGGAGAAUCAAGAUGGCGAAGUUGAACGUUUCAAGGCAAGACUUGUGGCCAAAGGAUUCUCACAGAAAUUCGGAGUUGACUAUGAAGAAACUUUCGCACCGGUGGCCAAGUUCACAUCGAUUCGUGUGGUGCUCAGUAUGGCGGCCAAGUACGGCCUAAUGCUACAUCAGAUGGACGUCAAGACAGCGUUUCUUAACGGCUCCCUCAACGAAGACAUCUACAUGGACCAGCCGGACGGAUACCUGGAUGCAACACAGCCGGACUAUGUGUGCAAGCUAAAGAGAUCACUCUACGGCUUGAAGCAAUCGCCUCGCAUGUGGAACCAAACAAUCGAUGGGUUCAUGAUCAAGAUGGGAUUCAAGAAGUGCGAAUCGGACCACUGCAUCUACAUCAAGCGAGACGACCAAGACAUGAUUCUCGUGGUGCUCUACGUCGAUGAUCUCAUCCUGGCCAGCAGCAACAACGAACUCCUCAAGUCGACCAAGAUGGCGCUGAGCAAACGCUUCGAAAUGACGGAUCUCGGUGAGCUCGAUUACUUUCUCGGCAUGGAGAUCAAGAACGACCGUAAGACGGGAAUGGUGACUGUGCAACAAACCAAGUUUCUCAAGUCCGUGUUAACCAAGUUCGGAAUGGAUAACAGCAAGCCAGUGAAGACGCCUCAAGAUCCCGGCCUGAAGCUAACCAAGAACAUGUGUGAACAAGAAUGCAAGCACGAAGACACCAUGUGCAACGUGCCAUAUCGAAGUGCUGUCGGAGGCAUCAUGUAUCUCAUGGUCGCCACACGUCCGGAUCUAGCUGCUGCAGUGGGAUCAUUAUCCCAGUUCUCGUCCGACCCAUGCCCGACUCACUGGCAAGCUUUGAAGCGUGUGCUGAGAUACCUGCAAGCAACGCCCAAUCAUGGUCUUGAGUUUACACGUGAAGAAGGAAGCCGUAUCUGCGGGUACACCGACGCAGACUGGGCCGGCGACAUUGAGUCAAGACGAAGUACAAGCGGAUAUGUGUUCAUGAUGAGCGGAGGAUGCAUCAGCUGGAAAAGCCAGAAACAACGGACGGUCGCGCUAUCUUCAACAGAAGCAGAAUACAUGGCGCUUUCCGAAGCAACCAAAGAAGCAGUAUGGCUCAAAGUGCUUUUGGGGGAACUUGGUGAGAUGACAAGCGACGAAGCGAUCAAGAUGUAUGAAGACAACCAAGGAUCAAUCGCUCUCGCCAAGAACCCGGAGUUCCAUAAGAGAACAAAACACAUCGACAUACGCUACCAUUUUGUGCGUGAGAAGGUGGAAUCAGGUGAAGUCGUUUUGGAGUAUUGCCCGACUCAAGAUAUGCUGGCAGACAUGAUGACCAAGCCGAUCGCCGCUGUACAAUUUGAAAACAUUCGCGAUCGACUUGGGAUCCAAGGUGCCGCAGCUAACGAGUCGAGAGGGAGUGUUGAAAAGACAGCAGCUGUGAAGAAGACACCUCGUCAAGCUGCGUCAAGUGUUGAAGCAAGUGGAAGACCAAGCUUCGCUAUACCGGUGGGUACCGGUAUGUACCAGUAA